CGUGACGUCAGCGGCUGCGUUGUUGCAGAGUCACUGCUGGUUCGACUGUAAACAAGCCGAGGACGGAGAACCGUCGGGACCUGAGUCCGAACAUCUGUGCGUCUUCACCCCGUAUUUAAUCACCGUUCGUGUCCGUCUGUGUCCUACUUUUUUACUGCCGGAAUUGCUCGUAUUGUCCCGCAGAGAGAGCCGCCCAACACCUUUGGACCCUGAGGCUAGCUUAGCUUAGCUUAGCUCAGCUUAGCUCUCGCUAGCCUGCCUGGCUAACCAACAUCUGAGGGCCUGUUCAGAGGAGAACCCCCUUUAUGCCCCGGGCACCCUCUUUUUCUGUUGUGACUGGAAUAUCCUGAACCCUGGGUGGCUGGUCAGAACGACCUCCUCCCACCAUGGAGGCAGGAGGGAAGGACUGUGAGGAGGAGACGCUGCAGAUGGCUUUCAAGAAGCUGAGGGUCGACGCUGAGAGUUUGCCCGGAGCUGUGAGCGUUUCGGAGGCAGUGACUUCCAGAGCACCAUCGCGAGCUUCUCUCGACACCAGCGGAGCGAAGCCCAAACUCGGCUGCCCCAAAGACAACUGGCACGGCUGCAUGAGGAAAACUUCCAGAGGAGCAUCCAGAACGCAGCGCCGUCGCAGGUCCAAGUCCCCCAUCCUCCACCCACCCAAGUUCACCUACUGCAGUUCCUCUGCAGCCUCUGCACUGUCGCCCCCUAGUGGCUGCCCGAAGCACCAGCGCCUGGCUGUGCCUGAGCCCGGUCCUCCUCAUCCUGCAUUGGAUGGAAUAACUGCCUCGCCUGUGGCCAUCCAGAAAGAGCGCACCUCUUCAGGCUCACCUGGGCACUUCCCUCCACUGGUUUUUGGAUCCUGCGCUGGUUAUGACAUGCAUAUUAGAGGUGUGGCUUCCUCACAGUCCUCACAAGAGCUCCCUGCUGUCAUCACUGCCACAUCCGGGCAGGACGGAGGGAAUUCAAGUGAGGACAGCAGCCUAGAGGGCAGCGAUGCCAGAGCAGGAGCAUCCUUGAGAUCUGGACCGGCAGAAGCUGCUGACUUCCGAGCUCUGUCUGAGCUCCACAGCGGCAAGUCGACAGAGGGUCCCCACACUGCCUGUUCCUGCGCACAGAGAAGCAGCUUGGAGUUGCAGGAAGAGGCCAAGCAGGGGGCAGAGUGUCAGUGUCAUCAUCAAGGCUGGAACGGUGUGGAAGUCUACUCCUUCACGGGCCUCCGCAACGUUAUCUCAGAGUGUGAGAGGAACCUGCCAAACAGCGACGAUCCGGCCAGAACUCUCAACUGUAACGCCGCUACGGCUUCGUCAUCUCCAGCGCUGUCAUCGGGCUCCCCUCGCUCCUGCUCGGAGCAGGCUCGUGCCUACGUGGACGACAUUACAAUAGAGGACCUUUCUGGCUACAUGGAGUAUUAUUUAUACAUCCCCAAAAAGAUGUCACACAUGGCUGAGAUGAUGUACACUUAGAGUCAGAUUUAUUAUUAUCAUUAUUAUUAUAUCAGAUAAGGAAAUAAUAAGACGGUAACAAGGGUAUUUUUUAUGGUAAGAUAAAAGUUGACCUUGGAGGAAAGUCGGGCACUUGUAGAAGAAAGAGCUAGGAAUAAAACUUUAAUGUAAAUGGACAAAGGUCAGCUACAACAUUAAAACCACUUUGAGGUUUGAUGCAGAUGUUAAGAUGCAGCAUCCUGCGGUGAAAGCUUCAUUCAUGUUGGUGAUAUUCCCCACAUACCACCCACACUGCCGCAACACAGAAACACGACAAAGAGCUCCGAGCUCGACCUCUGAGCUUCCCUCGAUCCUGGUCUGGUCGAGGGUCUGUGGGAACAAGCCCGAUUCACGGAAGCCCCACGGCCCAAAGCAUCCACCCCAGGAUUCCACGGACCACCAUUUCACUAGGAGGAUUGAAGCACAUCCUUGCUGACUCUCCCAUUCUUUCCGGGUUGACCUCGUUAUUUUUAGAUGCCCUUUCUUGGGGGGGAGGGUACACCUGCACAGGUCAGCACUCUGUCACAGGGCCAAUGCAGAGAGGCCAUUUGCUGUUUUUCUCUAGAAAUUUACGUAAAUUUGUAUGAAGAUUAAACGCUAUUAGAAAUAAAUAUUGAAUAGAUUUACUCUAAGUUUUGUGGCUUUAACGUCAGAGUCUAUACACACACACAGGCACAGUGUGUAGCGCCACAGCCUGACAACCCACAGCCCGAGGAACCGAGCGUCUGUGCCUGCAGUGUGGAGGAUGGUCUCGACUUUUGAAUGUUAGAACAGUAAUUUAAAAAAAAGACUUUUUCUUUCUGUCUUUCUUUGGUCUUAAUUUUUUCUUCCCUUGUUUCUUCUGAUGGCUGGUAGGAUGUUACGUGCUCCUACCACCAGGUGGCACUAACACAUCUAUAAGCUGUUUGCCAACUAGCAGGUUGUGAAAUGAGGGUGAGACUUGGUCCAAAAAUACUCCAAAAAUGAGGCUCAGAGCCUGAUGCCUCUCCAAGUGUAUUAAAUUCGAUUAGGCUUUCAUCCAAAUGGGCAGCACUGGAAAAAAAAAAAAACGUGCCACUGCGCUCACUCGGUUUUUAAAGAAGCUUUGUUUAUAAGUUUAAAUAAAAUUUUAAUUAGGAAACAUCCAUUAACCUCACUGACAGUUUUGAAGCAUGAAUGUUAGCAGGUGUGCAGACAGUAUCAGGCAGGUGGUUUUAAUGUUGUGGCUGAUGGCUGCAGAACAUUAACCGAUUUAACCCACAUUUAAAUGUUUCUCUUUGCCUUCCCCUCAUUUUUACUGAAUCUGACAAACACACGACAGCCAACUGUCUCUUUAGUUUCGCCUUUCUCUCACUUCCUUUGUUCGUGCUCUUUGGGUUUCUAGUUUUUUAUUUUUUUCAGUUUACAGAUGACGUUGCCAAAGCUCUUGGUGCUGGGUAUUGCAGAAGGAGAUGAGAGUAGGAAUAUGCAAACUUGUGAUGCCAAGUGUGAUUCUGUUUGUGGUGUUUGUGGCGACCUCAGGAGUCGCCUGUCUAGAUUUAAUUUCACUCAAUAAAGAAGCAAGAAA